AUGGGAUCAAUUGGUUCAAUCCAGGAUACGGUUCCGCCCCCUUCGUCCGUCGGAACCGAUAAGUUUGAAAAACUUGCCGAUCAGUGCAAGUGGCCUAGGCAGAAUGAGCGAGGCUACAAAAUUCAAGAGGAAGUCUUUGCCCAUGAGAGGCCCAUUCGAGUCAUUCACAUUGGUGCUGGCAUUUCUGGGAUAUGCCUAGCAAAAUUCCUCCCAGAGAUGCUCAACAAUGCGUCGUUGGUGUGUUACGACAAGAAUAGCGACAUCGGAGGUACUUGGUUAGAAAAUAGAUACCCCGGUUGCGCGUGCGAUAUUCCCUCGGUCAACUACCAGUUCGCAUGGGCCAGAAAUCCCAGCUGGACGCACUUUUACUCUUAUGCCAAAGAGAUCUGGCAGUAUUUGCGGGAUGUCGUUGAUCAGUACGGCUUAGAGAAAGCCAUGAAACUGAAUCAUGAAGUUACCCGCGCGGUCUGGGACGAGGACAGUGGAGUUUGGAAAGUAUCCGUGAAGAAUCUUCUCACUGGAGAGGAGUUCGUCGACAGCGCUGAGAUUCUGGUGAACGGUAGCGGAGUUUUGAACAAUUGGAAAUGGCCCGACAUUGACGGACUGCGAGACUUCAAGGGCACGAUAUGCCACACUGCCCGCUUCGAUACCAGCGUGGAUCUAAAAGGCAAACGCGUGGCUGUCAUUGGCAUGGGGAGUAGUGGUAUCCAGGUAACUGCAGAAGUCUCCUCUUAUGCAGAGCGUCUGUAUACUUGGAUCAGGUCUCCUACGUGGAUUACUGCUGGGUUCGCCCAAAAUCAUGCUGGGCCAAAUGGAGCCAAUUUCGAGUACAGUUCGGCUCAAAAGCAAAAGUUUGCGCAAGAUCCAGCUUCGUACCUUCAGUAUUGCAAAGCGAUUGAGAGCGAACUCAACCAGCGGUUCAAAUUCAUCCUGAACGGGACGCAAGAAUCAGCACAGGCGAAAGAGUUUUCCACCGCCCAGAUGACCAAGAGGCUGAACGGUCGAACAGACCUGGUAGAAAGGCUGAUACCUACAAAUUUCAAUGUCGGUUGCAGAAGACCAACACCAGGAAAUGGGUUUCUGGAAGCUCUCAUUCGCCCAAAUGUAACUACCUUCACCCAGGGCAUAAAGAAGAUCACGUCAAAGGGAGUUAUGAAUGAAGAUGGAGUUGAGGUUGAGGUCGAUGUUAUUAUCUGUGCAACAGGGUUUGAUACAUCCUGGGUGCCCCGAAUCCCCAUUAUUGCAAAUGGGAGGAACGUCCAAGAUAUAAUGAGAGAUGGUCCACUCUCUUACCUCUCAGUCGCCGUUCCCGAGAUUCCGAACUACUGGAUGGGAGUUGGGCCGUACGGGCCCCUGGGUCAUGGCUCAUUCGUACCUCUCAUUGAGCAUGUCACUAAAUACAUCCUAACAGCUGCAAAGAAGAUGCAGGUUGAGAACAUCAAAUCACUGAUACCAAAAUUGGAUGUUUGCAAAUCCUUCGCUGAACACGCCGACCUCUUCUUGAAGCGGACGGCUUGGUCGGGAGAGUGCCGAAGCUGGUUCAAGCAAGGACGAUUAGAUGGGAAGCUGACUAUUUUCCCUGGAUCUCGGCUUGUUUUCUUUGGACUGAUGGAAGCACCGCGGUAUGAGGAUUACCAGAUUCAGUAUCGAGCUGGCAAUCCAUUUGCCUUCCUUGGGAAUGGCUUCAGCAUCAAGGAGUUUGAUGGGAGUGACUUGGCCUACUACUUGGGCACUGAAAACAACCCGGGAGGAUUGUUGCUGGUGAAUGAGAAGCAAGCUAAACGUAUCAACGGAAUCAAUGGAUUUCAUGCUUCAUAG